CUUAAAGCGCUCUUGUCCCGUGAAAAGCAGCUACAGAUCCAAGUUAUAAAAGAUGAAGUACAACAUUCUAACACUGGUGGGCGCCAAACAUCAAGAAACGUCCACUUGUAAAUACUGGGGCUUCCAAUGCUGCAUCAAUUAUUCACAGGCAGGUUGUGAGGGCUGCUUUCUGCUGCAGCGUGCAUGCACGUCCGUGGACGUCAUUUGAUUCGGAUGGCCUGCGGGAAGUGUGCCCUUGCAUCAUCAUCAUCAUCAUCAUCAUCAUCAUCAUCAUCAUCAUCAUCAGCUUGCUCCAGACAUUGAGGCAAAGAGCAGCAAAGGAGGGACGAAGUAAGGACGGAUUUUUCUAUGCAUUUCUUCUCUCCACAAGUUCUUUUACGCCCACUUGGAAGUAUUACCAUAGGAAAAAAAAAUACUAAUAAUCUUUGUGGGUGAAAUAAUCCACUCUUUUGGACUUUGCAGCUGCAACUUUUGGUGAAGGGGAACAUCUGCUGCUUCAGUUUUAUAGCCUGGGAACUGCGCGUAAAUAUAUGUAAGAUAUCUGCGCAGGCAUCGUUUGGAGGAGGAAAAAAAAGAGGAGAAGGAGGGAGGAGAUGCAAAGAGAGGGUGGGCUGGGGGGGGGAAGGAGGAAUAUGAAGGCUUUUCUUCCUUGAGAAAAUUGCCUUGGCGGGAGAGUGGAGUUGAGUUAAUUGUAGCCUAAUCCCUGGCCCAGAGGCGCUUGGGCAGCCCGGAGCCAGAUUCUUCUUCUUCUUCUUCUUCUUCUUCUCGUCGUCUUUUUUAGCUCUCUUAUUUGGAGAUGAUUGGGUUUCUUCUACCAACAAACCACAGCAGCACUUUCAUUUAGGAACCCCACGCCAAAAAAAAAAAAAAAAAAAAAAAAAAAAAGGAGGAAUAAGAGCGAAGGAGCGCGCAAUUUAUUUUUUUUACGCGCGUCCAAACCCGGGGCAGAGGCGAGUAAAGGGGGGGGAAGGAAAGGAAGCAAAAAAAAAGGAAAGGAGGAGAUCAUCUCUUCGAUGUUCAAGGAGGCAGACCACCGGAUUCCCAUCUUGGACUCCCUUACCAUGUUUGAAACGGAGGGGCGAAGCAUGUCACGGCUCUCUCUGACCCGGUCCCCGGUCUCCCCCCUGGCCGCCCAGGGCAUCCCUCUGCCGGCCCAGCUCACCAAAGCCAACGCGCCCGUGCACAUCGACGUGGGCGGCCACAUGUACACCAGCAGCCUGGCCACCCUCACCAAGUACCCCGACUCAAGGAUAAGUCGCCUCUUCAACGGUACCGAGCCCAUCGUGUUGGACAGCUUGAAGCAGCACUACUUCAUAGAUCGUGACGGAGAGAUAUUCCGCUACAUCCUCAGUUUCCUCAGGACCUGCAAAUUGCUGCUUCCGGAAGACUUCAAGGACUUCCAGCUGCUGUACGAGGAGGCGCGCUACUACCAGCUGACGCCCAUGAUCAAGGAGCUGGAGCGCUGGAAGCAGGAGCGCGAGCAGCGGCGCAUGGCGCAGCCCUGCGACUGCCUGGUGGUGCGCGUCACCCCCGACCUGGGCGAGCGGAUCGCCCUCAGCGGCGAGAAGGUCCUCAUCGAGGAGAUCUUCCCCGAGACGGGAGACGUCAUGUGCAACUCCGUCAACGCCGGCUGGAACCAGGACCCGACGCACGUCAUCCGCUUCCCCCUCAAUGGCUACUGCAGGCUCAACUCCGUCCAGGUCCUGGAGCGUCUCUUCCAGAAAGGCUUCAGCGUGGCGGCGUCGUGCGGCGGCGGCGUGGACUCGUCCCAGUUCAGCGAGUACGUGCUGUGUCGCGAGGACCGGCGGAGUCUGUCCAUCAACACGCCCAUCAGGAUAAAACAAGAACCCUUAGACUAGACCCCCCCCCCCCAACCCACGCCCGCCGCCAUCCUGACGUCCACUUCCUGUCCUGAGUGGACCGGGCCUGGACUCGGGAGACUUCCAGUAAGUUCCGGCAGGGGCUCGCUCGCCUCUGAGGAGAAUGUAGACAACAUCCGGGAUCCACACUAGGAUCCAGCAGAUCCCUUGGAGGAUUACUUCUGGGACACGAGGAAAGACGAGGACACGCCCACUCCUCCAUGAUGUCAUCAUCGCUCUUCUUCUCUUCUUCCGAUCACGCCACGCUGUAAAAAAUGAGCAUUCAUGGAAUUAUUUUCAUCCGCUUUGCUCUUUCUGACCUUUUCUUGUCUUGAGGACGAGGAGCCAAGAAGAUCUCGCUGUGGACACUUUUUGAUUCUUCUUUUCACAUCUCUCAACAUAUCUUUCCACCUUUUGUCCCAGGGUGAAAAAGUAGUCCAGCAAAAAGAUUGACUCGAUCUUUUUCUUUGGCUUUUUUUUUUUUUUUUUUUUGCACUUAGAGGUUUCCGCCAUGACAACAAACUCUGUCCACAAACACUCUGGUGUUUUGAAAUAUUGAUUUUGUUUCUUUCACCCGCGGGAAUAUGAUUGUUUUUAUCAUGAAAAUGCUUUAAAAAUGACAUUAUUUACCCUCAACAAAUUUCACCAUUUAAAAUAAAAAACACGUUUGGUGACCACAAAUAUGCGAAUAAUUUCAAACAAAAGUUCUAUAUUUUGUUUCAUUUCAUUCGAUCACAAAAAAGGCCACACCCCGAAACACGUUUCUCCAGUUUUUAUUAACAUGUUGAUUAAAAUUUCAAAAAAAUACGCUGGUAUUUUUAUUUUAAAAAGUUUAUUCCAUCACAAAAAAUUUAACACUCAAUUUUUUUUUGUUUUCUUAACCCCCUCAAAAAAAUAUUAACAUUUUGAUUAAAAUAAAAACCUUUGGUGACCACAAAUCCCUUUUUUUUUUCUUCUUUUUUUUUUUUAAAUGAAUACAACUUUCUUUUUUUUUUUUUUAAUAUUCUAAUACAAAAAAGGAACGGUCCAAUUUUUUUUUUUUGCCUUCUUUUAAUAAAAAUAAAAAUAUGUGGUCACAAAAUUAAACUCUUAAAUUAAAAAAAUUAUUAAGAAAAAUAUAUUUACAUGUUUGAUUCAAAUUCAAUGUGCCAGCAGAAAAUGAAAUGGUAAAUAAAAUAAAGUCACAAUGUGAUUUUUGAAUAAAAAAAUAUUUUUUUAAUUUACCAAACGUAUUUUUAAAAAAAAUGCUGUUUUAGCCAAUCAAACGAAAUACUUAAAAUAAAUUUAAGAACACGAAAGUAUUAUUUUAAACGGAUAAUAAAAAUAAAGCAGUAAAUUAAAUGUUGAAAAAUGACACAAAAAAGGCAUCUCCAAUAUUUACAUUGAAAUAAUUUGUCAAAUGUUGAUCAAAUUAGAAAACAUCUGGAUAAAGAAAGAACUAAUUUAAUCACCCCCAUUGUUUUUCAAUUUAAAAAAUAUCUAUUUUCAAUAAAAAUUGAAUAUUCAGUAAAUAACAUUUUUCCUUUUCUUUUGUCAAAUUUGACAGUGUAUUUGUGAAUUAAAAACAGAUACAUUUACAGUACUAAAAUAUGACUUUUUUUUACAAAGAACAUAACAUUUGAAAAUACCUUAGUGUGCGUGGACAAGGCUUGUUUACAAAAAGAGCGCAGCUGAGACGGUGCACAUGUUUGUGAUUGUACAAAAAUGUUUAUUUGUCACACUUUCAUUUCAAAGAAGAAGAAGAAGUGCGUCAUAAAAAUGUGUGCCGACUACAAACCGCUUAGUUCCUUGUGAGUCGACUACAGCCACAAACGGUACAUGAGAGAAUUCUUCGGAUCGGGUCAAAAGUG